AUGACGCGCGUCCGCACGCGGUGGCAUUUCUCUCGUCUCCUCCUGUUGUUCUCUUCCUCCGAAGCCCUUCAGGCACGCCACUGCCUGACCCUCCUCCUUCUCGGCCUUACCUCUCUCCGCACAGCCUUAUCGUGCGACGAAAAGACGAGGCUCCAGAGCCGUGACCUGAGCGCGCUUCCCCGUUACCUUGAGGCACGGAGAUACCCGGAGCGGAGAGACCUCGACGCUCCCAGAGUGAUCCCGGAAUGGAUGCAACGCGAAAACGAAGCUUCAAGCAUGGCUGGUCAAAGUGCUAGCGACGUGGCCAGUGACGAUCAUCCCGGUGAUUCGCUGAAAACUCAGAGGGACCGCGAUGGAUCCGAGCCGUCAGUGACGAGGCAAGCUUAUUUCGACGACGAUAUCCUCGCGAGCCGUAAUAACGAUCAACGCGGCGAUGAUCAUCGAGUGCGUCCUAAUUAUGCGAGUAAUUAUUCGAAACGGAAAUCCGACGAUCGAUUAGGCGAUCCUGCGAAAACUCGACAGAUUCGUGACGGGAGCAAUUUUCGAAGUAUGAAGCAGCGUGAAGAAAGUGUGAAGAAAUGGUUGAGCAAUCUGGUCAAGAAGCGACAUGGUGCGCCGACGCUUCAAGUUACUCCUUAUUACACGGUGAAUCAGGCUGUGAACGAAGUCCAAUUUCGCGAUAGUGAUAAUGAAGCAAGCUUGACGAUUUUAGACGGAUCACGCCCAAGUGCCGGCAAUCCACCCGAGAUCCCCGUUCCCGAUCGCGAUGCCGAGGACGCAUUAAUCGAAGUUUCGAUCGAUCGGUUGCAUUCGCGCGAGGCGGCUCCAAGUAUCAGUCAACCGACGGAGCCAACGAGAAGUCGACGAGAUCGCAAUAGAGUCAGUUUCCAGGCAGAGCGAGCGGGUCUAAACGCCGAUAAUUUAUUCGCCGAAACUCCCGUUGCGAAUGAACGCACGAGCGAUUAUUCGGCCCAUCGAAGUUUGCGGGAGAGCGAGGCCUUGAAUGAGCGCGAUAUUGACGUUGCGGCGGAGCGCCGUGACGAUCUCGCGAGUGAUCGAAGCGAUCGCGGGAUUGGCGGCUUCUGGACCGCGAGGCAAACUCAUUUAGAUCGUCGCAAUAUAUACGCGCUUGAUAAUCAAAGCGGCGGCGGUGGCGCGGGUGCACGCGGAUCUCGGAGCCCGGCCGAUCGGCUUCGCGAGAGCGACGGUGUCGUAAUAAAUGACGUUCGUAAUGAGUUCACGAACGCAAACGCGAGCGAUUCAAACGUCAAUGCAAUCGCGUUCGAUGCAGCUGCCGAUGACUUCGAUGUUGGCGUCAUCUCAAUCGAGAACAAAGUCGAACUCGACGGAACUUCGGAUAUCGAGAAUCGGACCGAUGCCGACUCGGAGUACGUUGACAGUUCCUUGGAUAUCGAUGGAGCGGAAAUCCGCCCGGCGAAUUGUCGUAACGUCGCGUGCUCCAGGUCGAGUGAUGACGACGUGUCGGUGAUUAGAAUAAAGAAGUUCGGCGAAGCGAAGGAGUCCACGAGCGAGGAUCGAGGGUACGAGGACGAGGAUCAUUUCGCGCGAGUGGGCGAAGUAUCGACGACGCCUGGCAACGGCAGCAGCGAUACCGAUAUCGACGUCGACAGCGAAGCGCCUUUCACCGGCUUCGAGGGUUCUCAGAAAUUUCCCGUAAAAAUCAAUCACAAGUCGCCGGCGGUGCCGGCGCAAGUCGAAAAGUUUGACAGGCGACACUUCGGCCCGCACAAGGAGGACGUACUUGAAGAAACAUCUACAUGGUACACCGUGCUUCCCGACUUACCAAAGAGUCCCAGCAGAGACGUGCUUCGUCGCAAGACGAGCGACGACGACGACGACGACGACGACGACGACGACGACUCCGACGACGACGUCGUAAGCGAGAUGAACGAGGCGGACAAUAGCGACGAGACGACGGAGAUGGACGCGAAGCGGAAUGUUACUUACGACGAAUCGUGGCUAUCCGGCAAUGAAGUACCGAAAGAACGUACGUCGGAUUUCUCGGGCAUUAACUUCGACGAAAAACUCGACGAAAAACUCGCGGUGACUACUGCGAACAUCGCGGACAGUGAGUUCGACAGCGCGACACGCGAUAGGAACGAUUCCGACGGCAGAACGGAGAUCGAUGUAACGACGCCGAUGGAGAAGACAAAUAUAACCAUCCUGGGUCUCUUUGAGAUGACGCAGGGGUUGAAACCGAGGCCGGACGGAUCCAGCGAGCUACAAGCGGCCAAAUUGGCGGUCGAGCGCGUCAACGAAUUGGAUAUCUUAAAGCGCUUUCAUCUGCGGCUUAUUUACAAUGAUACUAAGUGCGAUUCUGGAGUAGCUGUGGACAGAUUCUUUCACGCCUUGUACUCGACGAGGAAGAAGCACUUGAUGCCGUUUCUGCUCGGCACCGCUUGUUCAGAAGUCACCGAGACAUUGGCCAAAAUUGUGCCCUAUUGGAACGUGAUCCAAGUGUCGUUUGGCUCGACGGCGCCGGCCCUCUCGGAUUCCAACGAGUAUCCCCUGUUCCUGCGAACCGUCGCGCCGGACUCGAGCCACAAUCCGGCGAGGAUAGCGUUGAUCAAACACUUUGGAUGGGACACCGUCACCGCGCUCUCGCAAACAGGCGACAUGUACUCCUUGGCAGUGAACGAUCUGGUCACGGAACUGGAGCAGGCGAACAUCACGUGCACCGCGACCAUCACGUUCGCCGAGAACGAUUACAAGGAGCAGCUACGAACCUUGAAGGAAUUGGACACCAGGAUCAUUAUCGGCAGUUUUUCACCGCGAUUGGCGCAACGUGUCUUCUGCGAGAUGUGGAAGCUCGGGAUGCACGGCGGCGAUUACGCGUGGAUUUUGCCAGGCGAAACCAUCGACUCCUUGAGGACCAACGAUAGGCACUUCGGCGUCGGAGAAUGUUCGCCCUCGCAGCUGUCGCAAACUUUGGACGGUUUAAUCAUCGUCAAAAGCCACGCCACGGUCGUGGGGAACGAGACCAGCGCGUCGGGAUUGACCAGCAAGAAAUUUAAUUCGGAACUGAAUAAUACAGGCGUCGCACACUCGAAAUUCGCGGGUCAAACUUAUGACGCAGUGUGGGCUAUGGCAGUUGCUCUCGCCGAAACUGAAGUUCUGCUAAAUCGACGGAACGAGAGCAUGGCGCAGUACACGCACACGAGGAAGGACUUCGCCAUGCUUCUACUGGAGCAGCUUAAGGAUCUGCGCUUUAUCGGAGUUUCGGGGCCGGUUUCCUUCGACAAUGCAGAUCGCGUUGGCAUCACGGCGUUUUAUCAGAUACACGGACACGAUAUUAAGAGAAUAGCUAUCUACACUCCCGAAGAUGAGAAACUGAUAAUGAACUGUCCAGGAUGUGAGGCUACAAGAUGGCCUGGAGGGCAAGUACCAGCGGCUCGCAGGGUCUUCCGAUUACGAAUGGUGACAGUGGCACCCGCCGCGUUCCUCGCUAUCACUUGCAUCGCCAGCGUCGGUGUCACUUUGGCGCUCGCUUAUCUGGCCUUUAACCUUCACUUUCGCAGACACAAAAGCAUAAAACUUUCAAGCCCGAGGCUGAAUAACAUGGCAGCCGUCGGAUGUAGUCUGGUCUACGGUGCCGUUAUACUUUUGGGACUGGACGACGCCACGUUAUCCGACAGCGAUGGUUAUUAUCCUACAGUGUGCAAGGCGAGAGUGUACUUGCUAUCGGCCGGCUUCUCCCUGGCUUUUGGCUCGAUGUUCACGAAGACUUAUCGGGUACACAGAAUCUUCACCAGGAGUCGGAGCGGGGUCGUCAAGAACAAGCUGCUCCAGGAUACCCAGCUGAUAUUCUUAAUUUGCAUGCUCCUGGUGAUCGACGUCGUCGUGGUGACCCUGUGGGUGAUUCUGGACCCGAUGCAACGUCACCUGCAAAAUCUUACUCUAGAGAUAAGCCCGCAGGACCGGGGAGUCGUCUAUCAGCCCCAAGUGGAGGUGUGCCGUUCGCAGCAUACGAACGGCUGGUUAAGCGCUCUCUACGUUUACAAAGGUUUAUUACUCGUAGUCGGAGUUUACAUGGCCUGGGAAACAAGGCACGUAAAGAUUCCAGCCCUAAACGACUCGCAAUACAUCGGUAUGAGCGUGUACUUCGUAGUAAUCACGUCGGGUAUCGUCGUAGUGCUAGCCAACUUGAUGCCCGACCGCGCGACCCUGGCCUUUGUCACGAUCACUGCCCUGAUUCUGGCCUCGACCACGGCGACCCUGGCGCUCCUCUUUCUGCCCCAAUUGGCGAACAUCCUGGCCGGGGAGAGGGCCGACCCGGUCGUGCAGAGUCUCGGUCUCAAGAUCGAAUGCAACACGCGUAGAUUCGUCACCGACGACAGAAGGGAGUUACAGUAUCGCGUGGAGGUGCAAAAUCGAGUUUAUCGUCGUGAGAUGGCACAGCUGGAACUGGAAUUGGCCAGAUUGGAGAAGCAACUGGCGCAAGAGCCAGUGGAGACGUCACGCGCCUCAUCAAGCGCCUCGAUCCCACAACGAAAUCCAAGUAUCGGGGGCGGCUUACCUCUUUUACUGCUCAGUGUUUUGCCGCCGGUUAUCCCCCGAGCUAGCUGGCCCUCCGCAGAUUCGUCCGGCAUACGUCGCGGUACCGUAGCAUUUAGCAGUCAACCGGAUCUGGAGCCCGGCGAUCCCAGACAAAGCCUGGCCGACCUUUACAAGCUGCACCGUCGCCGGGAGACCGAGGGCCCGAAUCGGCUGGGCGUUUUUCAACGGCUCUUCAGCCUCUUCGGCAGCAGGCCGAGUAGCAGGAAAACCUCCACCGCGUCGUUCACCGGGGUUGCAUCGGCGCUUCGAGUCCAUAUGGGAUAUAUCGCUGGUUUAGUGCCCGGCGCGAAAGCUGCCUCUACUUGCCAAGUGGACGCCCAAGGCACUCACUCGCCUCAAACACGAUGCGGUUCAGGACCAAUAAUUAGCAUUACUAGUGAGGAAGACCGUAGGUUGAGCCUAGUAGGAUUACGUCGUAAGGAAAGUAGCGAGCCUAAAGUAAAUUUCAGCUUACCACCACAGACGAGCACGAGUCAGUCGUCUUCUCGAGAGAAGAUACGCGGCUCACCGCGGUUCCCUCAUCGAAUAAUUCCGGCGAACAGUUUAAGCGCCAUUGCACAAGGUACAUCGGUCGCGAGACCGCAUCGUUGGCACUCGAUGGAUGACGCGACGAAACCGAAGACUACUCAAACAACGUCUCGCGGCUCGUGCAGUCCCAACUCCGACGUGUCGACCACGAGCGAGAUCAGGGUUUCCUUCACUGCGACGGCCAAUAUUGUCAGAGUCAAGAAACCACCGGAUUCUUUAGCCCUGACUGUCGCCGUAGACUCGAAGAUGAGUCCAGUCGACGCGAGACUGGGCAGCGAUCUGAGGAAGCUGUUCCGAGAGAACGACAGCGAGGAGGCAGUCAGUCCGGCCGAACACGAGUCGAAGACGACGCGGUCGAGUUCGUCGUCUUCCUCGUCCCUGAAAAUAAUAGGUGCCACUAGCGAUUCUGUGAAGAACGAUUCCACUCCAGAAACUCAACGGGAUACCGUGUCAAACGUCCAUCAAGAAUCGAGGCCUCGUCCUAUGAGCCCGGUGAUCUCGGUGAUCGACUUGGAUAAUCCAGGGGAGGAAUUGAACGCCGAUGUCGACAGUCGUGUCGGCACUUCCCGCGAGGAGAAGAGACCGACUUCCGUAACGUAAAAAUAUCGUGCACGUGAUGGUAACGCAAUUUUUGUUGUAAGUGAUAUAAAGUUUAUCAAAGUUUAAGAGAGAGAGAAGAUAUAUUAGGGAGAAAACUACGUUGAUUUUCUCGUGUUCCACUUGCAACGUCUAACAUUUCGAGGUCCUCCCGAGAAAGUGGGACAGCGAUUCUAUCAAAAUUCCUAAUUACCGUAGCCGCUUAGACAAUCUAAAACAAAUUGAAAAUCUCUAUUUAGAUGUUUCGUGUGAUAGAUGAAGGAAGAUUAUCAUGCAGCGUGAUAAGAGAUAAUUAAAGUAAUUAGAGGCGCGUUAUGAACUAGAAUUUUCGCAACAGAGUCAGUAU